AUGGACAUGUGCAUGACCAACGGACACGGCAAGGUGGUGGUGGCGGGGCUGACAGGAGGCGAAAUGGACAGCUUCCUGCAGGUCGCCGAGCUCCUGUUCAAGGAGCAGGUGAGCGAUCCGCAGGAGCGCAAGUGCUGGCAAAUCCACGUCAAUAUCAUCCGCCUCCUGCAGCAGGAAAGCUUCAACACCAACAACCUCAAGAAGCUUGAGAAGCUGACCAAGAGAUGGAAACAUCUCAUGGUCAAGUUCUACGGCGGCGUUGCCAAGCGGCAGCGAGCGACGAGCUCGAAGAAGACGCGGUCGAAGAAGCGGUCAAAGAAGCGGUCGCGGACAGCCAAGACAGCGGCCAGCGACACGACAACGAGCGGAGAGAAGCCACUCAGCUUCAAAUUUCCGAACUUCGAGGUCGCGCAACACUGGCCGGAGUUGAUUCACUUCCUCAGGCCCCCAUGGGUGCAGGACACGCACCUGUGGGAGCAGCAGCACCUCGCGGCAAAGAUGACCGCGCAUAGGACGAACCAGAUCAACACCGAACGUGCAAUUCUUGUGAAGGAACCCUACACGCUCAGCGUUCGUGGCACAACAACCAGCAUCACGAGGGACCGCAGGCGCAACCUCUUCAACGCAGUCAGCCGUGAGCUGGGCGAGGGCGUCCAGAUAGCGGACGACAUCACCUCGCACAAGUCAGCCCACUACUACGGCCACUUCCUGCGACCAGGCGAUGGGAUCGCCUUGCAUAUACGGUUCAUCAUCGACAACUCACGACACGCCAUCCUCGACGAGUCCAAGACGCAGCAUGUCAUGAUCAGAAGGAUAUCUUGUCUGCUUUGCAUUGCCUGCGACAAUGUGGUGAAGGUGUGGGUCGAGCUCGAGCUUGGCGAUCUGUGCGGCGUCAGCGAUGGCUUUCUUGAGUUCCGGCUCAGCCAGCGACGGUUCUACCUUCCCUUUGGGUGGAAUGGAUGGACCAUCACCAAGCGCGUCCACCUCAUGCAACAACAUGCAGGCUUGCUCUAUAACCAUCGCGUUAGGUGGCACCUGGGCGACAGGUGGGCCACACCGGCGAGCGGCGCACGACCAGCGGCGUGGAGCACGACCAGCGCGAUCGGCGGCGCGGAGCACGACCAGCACGACGACUAG